AUGACCGACCUCGAUCGACCAACGGGUUCAACGGAAAUCGAGGUGGAUGCCGAUGCCAGUUCACCAAGCGACAUCGACAGCAUUCGCAGUGAUCUGACCUCGUUGAGCGAGUCCAUCUAUACUUAUGUCUACGAGAAUGGCCGCACCUACCACGCCUAUGGAUCUGGGACUUAUGUUCUUCCAAACGAUGAACGAGAGCAAGAAAGAUUGGACGUAAUGCACCAUGUCUUUCGUCUCUGUCUAGAUGGCAAUCUGUGUCAGACCAAGUUGGAGCACCCACAGCGCAUACUCGACAUUGGAACGGGCACGGGAAUCUGGGCUGUCGACAUCGCGGACGAGUUCCCAUCGGCAGAGGUGACCGGAGUGGACCUCUCUCCAAUACAACCGGGUUGGAUCCCGCCUAACCUUUCUUUUAUUAUCGACGACGUGACACGAGAAUGGAGUUUUCAACCCGAGUCUUUUGAUUUUAUCCAUGUGCGAUGUUUCGCUGGAAGUAUAGAGGAUUGGUCAUCAUUUUUGAAACGAUGCUACCAGUACCUCAAGCCCGGUGGACGAAUUGAAGUCGCGGAAUCUCGCGCAAAGCUAUAUUGUGAUGAUGGCUCAUGUCCGGAAGACAGCUACUUGUACAAAUGGGAGCGCGAGUUCAAUCGAAUCACCGAGAUACAGGGACGAGUUUGGGAUAUCGCCCCGCAGCUUCCCCGCCUCCUCCGAGAAGCUUCUUUUGAAACCGUCGACACGGUCGAACAUGUUUGCCCAUUCGGCACGUGGCCCAAAGACCCUAAAUUGAAAGAAGUCGGCCGCUAUUUCCGAGCUCAAAUGAUCGAAGGUGCCAUGGAAAGUUAUUCCCUUGCGCUCUUCACAAGAUUCGGAGGCUGGAAACCCGUCGAGGUGCAGGUUUUGUUAGCGCACUUGCGAGCGGAGCUUCAAUCGAAUAAAAUCCACGCCUAUACAAAGCUCUGUUUUAACACGGCGCAAAAGCCUAUGACAUAG